AUGUCGGACCCGGAAUCGUCCCCUCCCCCACCUCAGGAUGCGCAACGCAAGCGCAAGAGGUCUCUCGCCGCGGAUGACGACAGGCAAACAAGACCUCAUCCGAGCAGCAGCGACUUCGAGAUCCCCGCUUCCCAAGAUGCCCGCGGUGUGUUUGUCGAUAUCCCCAUGCCCUCCUCUUCUGCUAUGGCUGCCUUCCACGCGGCUCAACAUCCCCUCUCGAGCCAACUGGACUCACAAUCCUCGAUCGACAUAGACGAUAUCCCCAUCCAGUCGCAAAGCCUCCAGCAGCAGACAUCGAGCGCAUCGGAAUACAUCCCUUCAACCCAAGCAGAGGAUCACUCUGGCUCAUCCGCGUCAUUAGCAGCGCCCUCAAGCGAUCCAGCAGUAGCAUCAGUGAGCGCGAUGAGGCCACUUCCCUCGAUAUCGACGCGCGUGUUCGAGCCGUAUCUGGAUGACACGACGGGCAUGGAUCUCGAACUGGCCGAGACACGGAUUUCGCGAAAAGAACGACACGGCGGCCAGGCAGAGAUCGACAACUCCUCCCCAGUCGAGUCCUUCUCCCCCGCAGAACAAGUGCAGCUGAUGGUGAAGCCGCAGGAUGUUCCUCGUCUAGGAGCUUGGGUCUUGCCUCCCCUCACUGCCGAGAACAGCAACCUGCAUGUUCACACUUAUUCUGGUCAAGAAGUGCUCAGUCAGAUCCCAAUUGCGAUCGACGACGAUGAUAUCAUCGGUCCAAACGAUCUCAUUCCAGAACUCGCCGCGUCGCAAUCGUCACAGCCGCUACCCUCGCGGCGUGCCGGGCGUAGACCGCCGCAGGAGCAGAGUGUUUCGCCAAUCACUGCCUCGGCCGCUCCGCCGCCAAUCCAGUCCACUCCCGCGUUUGCUGCUGCUGUCCCUCCGCAGGACGACGAUCAGCCGGAUCUGCUGCUGCUGCCGAGCCAGUCCAUCCCUUCUCAGCAGCAGCCGGAAAUCGUUUCUUCGACGCCCGCCCUCCCACCAGCUACAGCGAGGGAGGAUCCCGAACCAGCUGUGACCUCAUCCGCCUCGCAUUCUUCCACCAGCAGCUCGCUCGGCUGGUCGGCCCUACCCCGACCUGAGGUCGUCGAGCUAAUCCAGCGAUCUCCAAACGUCCCCGCCUUCCUAAAGAAUGAGAUCGAACGCUUUGUCCUACGCGCCAACCGCUCCUCUUCGCCCUCGUCCGCGCCCAAGGCAUCACAACUGCGCGGAUCACCACGACGACGCUUCGCCUCGCAGUCGCAGUCACAAUCCCAGUCGCAGUCGCAGUCGCAGAAUGACGACUCCGAGACACAGGAGGACGGCUUCUUGCGUACCAAGAAGCUGUGGUGCAUGGACCUGCUCAUCUUCCCCGCUUCGUCGUCUUCGCAGCAAUCCAGAUCCGCAGCAAACGCCGCGCUGUCAGGGAUCACUUCGCAGGUAGUCGUGCGGUUGACGGAGCAGACGCAGCUAUCGCAAGUCUCGUCCGACUCGCCGAGCGCGCGCGGUGGUGUCGCAGUCAUCCUGCUGCUCGACACGGUCGAGGGGACAUUCGACGUGCACGAGCUCGAAGAGAGCCUCGCGAGCGUCUUGCGCAACGACAGACGCUACAGCGUGCAAUACGAUGCCAAUGGACGCAAGUGGGGUGCUGGCGGAGCGAGUGCCGAAGAUCAAGCUUCACCUGCUGAUGCGCACAACACGGCUGCAUCAGCGACGGCCGGCGACGAUCUCGAAGCGGCCCGAUCCGAGAUCAGCCAGUUCCAGCUGCGUCUCGAAUCAGCCUCGCGCGAGAUCGAAACCCUCUCUUCGGCCAAGACAUCGCUCGAAAAGGAGCUAGCAGAGUCGCAGUCGCAGCACGACUUUGUGCGCUCGCUCUACGACCGCGCCUCCGCCUCUGCGUCCGCCGCCCAAGCCACCGCCUCGGAGGCGCAGGCCAAGGUCGAUCUGCUGGAAGGGCGGCUCGAGGACGGGCUCUCUUUGCAUCGUGCGACGCUGAACACCGCCGUCGACCGGUGGAAGAAGCGAGUGAAACAGCUCGAAGCAGAACAAACCUUCUUCCGAACGCAGCAGGCGUUGACGGACGGUGAAGAGGUGCGACGCAAAGCAGCGAUGUGGGAUGCGUACCAGGCGGAGAAAGCGGCUCGCGAGCAGGCGAGGAUGGAGCGGAUCCGGGUGCAUGACGAGAAGCAGCGGCUGCGCGCGCAAGCUCAGGCCCAGGCGGCGUCGACGGGCGCAGAGACAGAUGGGUUGGGCCCCUUCGCGCGUCCCUCCAUUCCGUCAAGCUCAGGAGUGCGGGAAGCAAGCCCAAUGGACGAGUUGGACGAGCUGGCUGCGCUGGCGCGCGAAGCUGCCGAGGCUGGGGACGCUCUUGCCCUUGACGCUCCGACCAACGGCGGUCGAGCGAGACGAUCUCGUCGCACCGACACGGCCAACCGCCCGCCACCCUCGUCGACCGAAGAGAUGGCCGCCCAGGUCGAAGCGGCCAACCUGUCGUCCGCCAACGCACUCUCCGACUCGCGCCUCGAGCUCGAGGAUCAGUUCGCUAUCUUCCAGCCGUCAGCAGACGACGCCGGUGUCGGUGGUAUGGGCGACUUCGACGCAGCGCCAAGCGCGAGCCUGGUAGACCUGACAACGAGCGAAGGGCUCUUUGGCGCGGAAGGCAUGCACUAUGCAUCCACCAACGGCGACGUUGCUGCCUCCGAAGAUCAGUUGAAUGGCGCGACGGGUCAGGAGGGCUGGAAUGAGAGCCUCACCGACGUGCAGCUUCCGCCGAGCUUUACGGAGGACAGUCUGCUGCUCAACGGAUCUGACGGCGCGGCGAGAACCCAGGUGACGACGCAGCACAGUCGAGACGGCGGCAGCGAUGCCACAUCGUCGUUUCAACCGCAUACACAGGCAUAG